UGGUCGUCAGUUCAUUUCGGGCGUUUGUUAUGGUUGGUUGGGGUGUCGCAGUUUGGUUGCACGGGAGCAGUGGAGCCAUUAGAGCCCUAGAGAUUCGUGCCGGAGAGGAAGAGUAAAGGAUUACUGCCAGAGACGUGUCAUCCCCAAGGUUGGAAACUAGUGUUGGAGUUUCAGGACCGGUUGAGUCCCAGUUGCAGUUGCUGAGUGUCAUCCUACUUUGUUGGCUGCAGUGCACGAGAUCAGUGACGAGCGAACCUAGCUGCUACGGUCAAGCAACACCAAUCGUCGGUUCAAAGAUCGCGAAAUUUGCAAUAAAUAAUCGCACCAGUACACUGGCAAGCUUGCAAUUAAAUCGUACUGUACGGAUAUGGUCUGAGGGCAGUACUCGAUCGGUGAGCAGCUGGACGGGUGGUGGAUAUGUGGCUAGUUCUAGCUGCCAUUUACUGACGAACGGCGGUUGUUGAGUGUUCAUUUUUCGCGAAUUUUUUGACAGCUGCACGUACCUACAUGCACAUAACAAAACAACAAAAAAGAAAAAAAGAACGGUUCGCGAAAGCAGAGCAGAAUAAAGUUUGAGAGUGCUGUGAGCGUGAAGUUCAUGAAAAAGUUUUAGAGCGCGCAGGGUGUCGAGCCACAAAAGUAUCAAAAAGGGAGGAGUGUGGGGUCAGUAAGAAAGAAUACCGUGCAGGGAAAAUAAGAAGUGAGUGUGCAUCUGUGUUGUGCAAAUCGCGGCGAUAAGAAACGCGUCAAGUGUCUGUCCGGGUUUGUUUACAGUUUUUAUGCGCCUCUAUCUAUCCUAGGGGAAGAGAAUUGCAACGAGGUUUUCUUUGUGUCUCCUGGACGGGAAUGGUCCUCGGGCCCAACGGAGUGUCGCAUGACAUUGUUUCUGUUGAAAACGCAAGCUGUUGUGUUCCGCGAAAAUAUUUAAUUAGCCCGAAGGGAACAAGGUCGCUGCAUUAAUUUAUCCUUCCUCGGUGUUACAAGUGCUCUGCAUGAGAAGAGCGAGAAACUUCAAAACGAACGUCGACAGUUUGUACAUAAUUUUACCCUAAUUAGUGCAAGUGUUUCUUGAAAAAAAUAUGAAAAUUUCAUGAAAAAUAAAAACCCUAUAUAGCCUACCAAUUCCAGAGGGUUUCGUAAUUGAAAGUUCCCAUAUCGGUCCGAAAGAAAUGUCUCGUUCACGUGGAUUACGCUUGUGUCCGAAUAUGUCACCGCUUGCGGUAUGGGCCACGGUUGCCCUUUUUGCGAUACUUCUGGGCUCGGGCCCAGCGGAGGCCAAAAGUGUCGAUCAGCAACAGGAACUACUCAGCUGUGAGCACGCCAGUAAUUUCUUCUCGUCGAUCAACGUCACUAUCAAGCCAGCUAAUAACAACAAUGAAGGCAAUGUUUGUGGCGGUCCCUGUUGUGAUAGCCAAGUGGAAAGUCAGCUUGAAACGAAAGCGACGAAAAACUUCGAAAGACUAGUCAAACACCACACCCGCAGCCAGCGAGGCCACUGGGAGCAGACGGUGAAUCUGUACCGAGAUUACCUGCUGCAGCUCUCCCGCCAGUCCGAGAACAAAACUCUGAGUCUGUUCUCAACCGUGUACCGUAAGAUGUCCCCACUGUCACGGGAACCGAUUCUGGAACUGUACGAAACUAUCCGGAAUCAUCUAACGUCGGCGUCGUUCACCGACGAUCUCGGUCUAGUCACAGACAAAUUCUUCCGGAAUCUCUUCCCGGUGGCGUAUCACCACGCUGUGGUCCACGCCGAUAAGGAUGUGGACUUCCACACUGACUACAAGAACUGUCUCAUUCACACGUACGAUGAUCUGAAACCUUUCGGAGAUAUUCCACAGCAGCUUGCAAAUUCCCUGGUCACUAGCGUGGGUGCUGCCAGUGUCCUGCUACGAGUGCUGCGAGAGGGUUCCGAGGUGCUCAACAAACUGGACGAGCUGGUUACGGAAAAUUUACAAGACACAUGCAAAUCGGCCCUUCUGAGGAUGAACUAUUGUGCCAGUUGUAAACGGUACAACCACAAUCACGCAAGACCGUGCGCUGGAUUAUGCAAAAAUGUUAUGAGGGGUUGCCUGAUGCAGUCGGUUGGUGUCCUGAACCAGGACUGGUACACAUUCACGGAAGCCAUCGUUCCACUAAUAAAUGUCGCACGGUCGAGCGAAGGCAUCGAAGCGGAAAUAAAAGGCCUGGAUGGGAAACUGUCCAGUGCCAUAAUGCACGCCAUGGAGAACGGACCACAGCUUGAAGUAAAGGUGAAAAAAGGCUGUGGAACGCCCUCGCUUAUGCAAAACGAUCAUCUGGGCGGUUCGUACGAGCAACCCCUGCAGCCGACUAUGCACAGCAGCAAGUGGAUAUUGGCCCCGAUCAACGAGAUGCUCCAGUUCGAGAUGACGAUUGACAAAAACAAGGAUUUAUUCCUGCAACUGUCGUCAACAUUAUGCGACGACGAAGACUACCACAACAACGACGAAGAUUGCUGGACUGGAACCCAUUACGGGGACUACACGCACGAGGUAGUGUCCACUACGUCCCAGAAAUACAAUCCGGAAGUACCGUUCAGCAGCACUGCGGAACAGUUCCCUCGGGACAGUCGGCUGCAGUUGCUGAUCGACAAACUGAUCAACUUGAAGAACGCGGCAACCAAAGCGGUUUCAAGCAAUGCGUUCAAGAGUGAUUCCGACAAAAUGCUGUCCGAUAUGGCAGAAGGUUCGGGUGAUCACUAUCGAGACUACGAUUCGACUGAAGAGGAAGAGUACGGAGAAAAUGGAUCCGGCUCGGGAGAAGGUCCUAAUGCGCGAGGAGGCGGAUUCGGAAUCAUCAAUGUUCAAACCGGAAGCAAUUUCACACCACCGGCCGGUACAGGACAUUCCAGUCGAAUCUCCAUUUCCCACGUGCUGACGUUUGUGGCAUUACUGCUCGCCAGUUUCAUUACCAGUUGCAAACAUUAAACUCCUCCGGUGGUGGCAGAUGGCAGGCGAACAAUCAGCAAAAGGAUAAGCGUAGUCACUACGGUACUCGUUAUCUUCAUUCGUCUAAUUAUUGCUUCAUUCAGGAAACUCGCGAAACGAAUUCACGCACACGGCGGCUUCACGUGUUUUUGUACAUGUUGGUGUAUGUGUGUGUCAGUGCGUGCGUGUGAUAACGCGUGAAAGUCAAACAAUAGGACUGUAAAGUUAUUAGAAGUACUAGGAUAUAACAAAUCUAUGCGUAGCAAUGUAAAUCAAUUGUACACGUGUCCGGCCUCCCGUGUCGUGAUGAACGACCUCUUGUUAAACCUUGACAGAACUCCUGUCUGCGCGUUGUCUCUUUCGGAACGUAUUUUGUAUCUAUCCAACAAUGAUAGAAGCCAUAAACCCUCGGCAGAUUUCAGCUUUUUCAUGCAUUGCUGCUCCAUCCAUAAGCUCAAGCAAUAUGUUGAUAUUCUUUGUUUUUAACUCAAACAUUCGUAGGAAACAAGUAUACUAAAGCAGCAUGCGUUUUUUUUUGUUUUAAUAUUAUCAUUAUUAUUUUUUGAAUAAAUUGUUUUCCUUCAAUUGAUUCGUAAAGUCAAAAUUUUAAAAAAUGUACAAAUUUUACCAAGAAAACAAAAAGCAAUCUAAUCUCAUUUACCGUAUUUCGCGGAAGCUUUAUAUUUUAUUAAUUUUAUUACCAGCCGCUUUAGAGUUACGAUCAGGUAUUGCGUUCAAAACCAAGUCGCCAUAUUUAAUAACAAAAAAAAUCGUAUACAAUAUUUUAGUUAGGUGCUCGCACGCAAAACAAUAAAAAAACAAAUAAUCAAUUACUACAGAAAAAAACAGCUUGACAGUCGCAUGCCAGAAGAAGAAGUAUACUCCUUUUUGUAUAGAACCAUAUUUUGAUUCAUAUUUUCAAAAUAAUUAUCCAACAUUAUUUCAUCAAACAGAAGAAAGCUAGGAGUAACAUGAAUUAACGCUAAAGUAUAUUUUCUAGAGCCCUCAAUAAAAAAAUAAAUAAAAACUGGAUUCAUAUGUGGUAGUUAGAACUUUUGAAUUAAACGAAUUAUUUUUCAAUGUUAGUUUGAAUAACUGUAAAUAAGUAACUUUAAGGAAUAACAACAGCAACAAAAUAAUGGAAAACAUUUAUCACUAGUUGAAAAGAUCUUGUAAAAAAAAACCUGAUGAACUGUUGUUACAAGAAACACAUGCGAAUCGAACGAUGAUGUCGACGUGAAAGUAUUAAAAUUUUCUUCCAUCUUGAACAAGUCUAUACCAGUUUGCUUUCGUCAAUCCUACUACGACUGUUUCUACUUACUGAAAUCAAAUUUUGUAUAUAGAAGAUACUGAAAAAAAACUAUUGCCAGGUAGACGUUUGUAGAAAUUCCGCACAUUCAGUUGAAAUUCAGAAAAUUCAUUGUUACAUUGUUCAAAACAUCAUAAAACGUAAACGUAGCUAUUGCCUUGAAAAAGAAAAAAAUCUGUAAUUGUUAAUUUGUGCUUGUCGUCGUAAGAAAUGAUUUAGAAAACACAACGCACCGUAUUCCCGUAGAGAAUAUUUACUAGGUACAGUUUGAUUUCAUAACCCCCCCAAAGGCAUGAUAAUACUCAAACACGCUUGAGAACACUCCGUACUUUUUUGAGUCUCUCGUGCUAGGCCUAUUCGCAUAACUAAGACUCGUUUGAAAAUCUGAGCAGAGAAUUUUGAACCGAAUUAACACUCCUUAACGAAACUGAAAAACUCACUACUUACGUACUAUCUCUGGAAUUUGUGCUCCUAUAUUCAUCUCAUUGAUUGAGCUUUCCGUGCCUACUUCGAUUAACGGAUUUCGCUCAAAUCAACAGAAAAAAACAUGCUGACUGAAAAAUAGUCAAAAACUUAGGUCCAAACGAAUAAACCUAGGAACGGAAAUAAUUUUUUUGACUAGGUACGGAAAUGAAUAUUGUUUUACAAGUCAGCUGUCGUAUGUUCGAGCCUUGACCUAGAAGGAUUCUUAGUGUCAGUAGGAUCGUAGCACCAGCCAUGCAUUGAUUCUGUACUCAAUGAAUCGGCUGCGAAGUCUGUUGAAACAAAAGAGGCCAAAUUCCACAAAAGGAAUGUUUUUUUUUACUCGACUUUACGGAAAUGAAUAUAGGAACAACUUCCUUACGUUUUUCCCGAUUUGAUUGCCUUAGACAAUAAAUAAAGCUUCAUUUCUCCGAUAAUCAAAUACCAAUACAAACAAAAAAAUGGCAAUUGUUUACCUAUUAUUUUAUUUUAUUUUUUUUGGAAUGAUGAGUAUCCGUGGGAAGCGAGCCAAGAAUUAGAAAUGCGUUGCGCAGCGAAAGAAUGAACAAAACAGAAAAAUUGAAGAUUGUGUUUGAACUAUCUGUGAUUGAGCUAGGAAAAAAAGCAGUUUAUAAGGUUUAUAAAGGCAUGGCGUCAUAAGAAUGUUGAAAAAAUGCAAGCGCCUACAGAGGAUAGGACGAUACCUAAUUUAUUGUUAUAAAAUACAUGUUGAUUGUCCAGAAUUCUACAACAAAAAAUAAAACGAAACAAAAAGAAACAUUUGGACAACCAACACCAACAGCAUUAUCUUUCGAGAUAUCAGCAUGUAGACCGUGGCGAUCGUAGUUUCUGUCCUUUGUUUGAAACGGUUUCAACUCAACAGUGGCCCAAUUUGUUCGGUAUUUGGCUUCCAGUGAUAAAACUUUUAGGCUUAGGUGUUGUUUUUAUUUCCAAAUUUGUUUCAAAAUUUGGCCAGUUGAUUGACGGUAUUUCAAACAAAAGAAAAACUGCAUCGCACUGAUCGCAUGCCGCGAACUAAACUCUGAUUAACAACCGUAUGAAUACUGUAAUAAAAUAGAAUGCGUAGUGGUAAUGUGUUCUCGAAAGUUGAAUUGUUUUACCUACAAAAAAAAAUAAACCGCAUCGUGAAGAAGAAAAAUAGUUGGAAAAUUGUAUUUAUAAAAUAAAUACGCAAGAAAAAAAAAACAGGAAUAAUAUAUUUAAAAAUAAUGUGAAAAUAUAAAAGGAAAUAUAAAAAAGGUCACUAACUAUUAGGACGUUGUAUUAUAGAAACUAGAACAGAACACAAUAAAACACUUCAGUAAGAUCGAAUUGAAAAGGAGUUAUAUAACCUGUGUUGAUUCAUACAAUAGGUAGACUCGAACGAACCUAUGUGAACAAGUGAGAAACGUGGAGAAAUAAAUAUACUACUCAAAACUGAAAAA